UAUCAUGUCUGUAGGAAUUAGAUGGACUAGCAGAAAGAGAGACUAUAGAGUGGUCUGAGAAGACAAGAAGAAGAAGAAAGGGUGGAGAACAGUAAUGAAGUAUCCGUCCGUUCCUCAGAGUAAAUCUCUGUUAGAUAUGGAAGUAGCAAACUAUUGUGAAGGCCUGGAUCCCUCAUACAGCACCCUGGGCUUUGAGAAUGCAGAGGUGCUCUGUGGAGGAGGAGACAGCAUGCCGACUGAGCCCAACCUGCCAGACGGGGUGAGCAGUAACUGUGCCAUCUGUGGAGACAAAGCCACGGGGAAACACUACGGAGCCUCCAGCUGUGACGGAUGUAAGGGCUUCUUCAGACGCUCCAUACGCAAGAGCCACGUCUACACCUGCAGGUUCAGCAGGCAGUGCAUUGUGGAUAAAGAUAAGAGGAACCAGUGUCGUUUCUGCAGACUCAACAAAUGCUUCAGGGCUGGCAUGAAGAAAGAAGCUGUACAGAACGAGAGAGAUCGGAUCAGCUCCAGAAGAAGUAUCCCUGACUCCCAAGACUUGCCCCCCAUUACUAUUUUGGCUCAAGCUGAAUCACUGGCCCAACAGGUCAUUGCUCCAGUCGGAUUAACAGACAUCUCGGAGCAGAAGUCGGCCACUGUGGGAGAUGUGUGUGAUUCAAUGAGACAACAGCUGUUAGUGUUGGUGGAGUGGGCCAAGUACAUUCCUGCAUUUGGAGAACUGCCACUGGAUGACCAGGUGAGUUUGCUCAGGGCUCAUGCAGGUGAGCACCUUUUGCUCGGGGUCGCUAAAAGGUCAAUGCCAUUCAAGGACUUCCUGCUUUUAGGAAGUGGCUGUGUGAUCCACAGGAACAGUCCUGAGCAGGAGAUGUUUAAGGUUGCUAACCGAGUGCUGGGUGAGCUGGUGCAUCCCUUUCAGGAUAUUCAAAUAGACGAUAACGAGUAUGCAGCGCUCAAGGCUAUCGUCUUCUUUGACCCAGAUGCAAAGUCUUUGAGGGACCCGUCGAAGAUCAAGGCCAUCCGUCUGCAGGUUCAGAUGAGUCUGGAGGACUACAUUAAUGACCGUCAGUAUGACUCCAGGGGUCGUUUUGGAGAGCUGCUGCUCCUGCUGCCCACCCUGCAGAGCAUCACCUGGCAGAUGAUCGAACAGCUCCAGUUCAUUAAGCUCUGCGGCCUGGCCAAGAUAGACAACCUGCUGCACGAGAUGCUGCUGGGAGGCCUCACGUCGGAGCCCACACACCUGCACCACUCGACACACACCCAGCUGGCACAGGACCCUCUGACUGGACACACACUGGUCAUCAGCACCAUGCCUGUCACUCACAGUCCACAUAUUGCCUCUCCUGACACUCCCAUCCCAUCACCCAGCCCCCCAGAGAAGUACAAACACUUCCCCCAGCCCCUCUGUCCUCCAGCCAGCCCCUCACCCUCACAGACAGAUCUCUGACCUGCACUCUGUCAGAGAGCGUGACACGGGCACGGUGUCCUCUAAACAUGCGUGGUCAUGGUGUAAAGAUUAGGAAACCUCCCUGUUCCGUGGUUAGACUUUACCCUGCCUCUCCCCCUUGUGACUCCUGCUCAUGUUGCAACAACUACUCAGAUGUAAUAAAAGCUACAAUUACUUAAAUAUCUCACUUUCCGGUGCAUACUGCUGGUUACCUAAACAAAUACAACAGUAUCUCUGUUUUUACAACUAGAUAUUCUUCUUUUAAAAACCUCAAAUGUUUUUGAUUGUUUGCUUGACUAAUGUUCUGCUUUAUUAGGCACAUAUUUGCAGAGAAAUGGCCCCUGGGCACAUAUGUUUCUUUAGGUCUAUCACUACUGCAAAGACUGCAACGGCGAGUUCUGACAAAGAGUAAAAGUACAAGUACUAGCUUAAAAAAACUGCAAUGAAAAAAAUAAUAAUCAAGGCUUGCUGUCAACAAAUCCCUCCUGCCAUCAAAUACAAAUGGAAUGUUUUGUUUUAUAUACAUUAUGAAUUAAUGUAUACAUCA